AUGGAUAAUUUAAAAGAAAACUUGAUUCUUCAAUCAUAAUUUUCCAUCCCUUCCUUCUUAACUAAAAUAUAUGAUAUCUUAGAGGUAUUCUAGUGCUCUAAUAUAGAAUUCCAAUUAUUAAGAUAUCAUUUAAUGGUACUAAGAUGGCACAGCAUUUAUUAUAAAAAAACCUUAUGAAUUUGCAAAGAAAGUAUUUUUAUAUUAAUUUAAAACUUUAGGUAUUACCUAAAUAUUUCAAACACAAUAAUUAUACUUCAUUUGUUAGAUAAUUAAACAUAUAUGAUUUUCAUAAAAUUAAAAAUGAAUUAGGAAAACAUGUAUUUUAACAUAAUUUUUUUUAAAAAGAAAAGAAGUAUUCUUACUUUCUAAUAAUAAUAUAGAUAUUUGUUAUGUGAGAUAAAAAGAAAAUCUACAGAAUAACAAGAACAGUCUGAGGAAAAUAAUUAAAAUUAAUGUUAAUAUAAAAUUAAUUUACAUUAGCCAAUAAUAAUUCAAUCUAACUUAGCAUGUUUAAAUUAAAACAUGACUAUCAAUAAUUUCAUAAUGAAAUCUUGAGGGUUAAAGCUCAAUAAAAUGUAUUUUAACACACCAUAACUAAAUUUAUAACAUAAAAUGAUUAUCUAAUGAAUUAGAACUCAUUAUUAUGGCAAGUAUAAUAAUUUAUUAAGCACUUAUAAGGAAAUUUAAAAAAUUAGAAACGUUGAUGAUAAAAAAUUAGAAACCAUUUCAUAUCUUUUGGCUACAUUAAUAAUUACUAUAAAUUAAAAUUAAGAAAGUUCAUUACUACCAAGUCAAAACUCUUCAUAUUAUCAAAGUUCAUCUUCAGAUAUUAGUAUAUCAUAAUAGAAUUACUAAAGUAAUUACUUAGAUCAAUCUAUUAGUCAAUAACAAUAAUUAAACUAAAGUAUUAAAUAUCUUCAUUAAAAUUUAGGAUUUAUCCAAUAAACAGGUUUAAGAUAAUCACAACUACUAUUUUCUAGUAUUUAUUCUUAUUUCAAUUUUAGGCAAAUAAGAUCUUUCUUUAUUUGAUAAGGGAUUAAAUAAAAAAAGUUAAAAUUAAUUUAAAGCCCUAGAAUAAGAUGCCUAUUCAAAUGGUGUAGUAUUUUAUUAAAGUAAGAUUUAUAUAUCAAAAGUUUAUAGAAUUGAUGGAAUUACAAUAGCAACAAUAAUUAUAAGAAAUGUUGGAAGGCUAAAAUCAUUUAUUAAUAAAAUAAAGAAAAUGA